GCGCGCGCCGUCACUGUAGGUACUGUGGAGACUAACAUAGGUUCCUUGUGAGUGUUGUACGAGGCGCCGCUGCCACAGCUCUCUGCCUUCGCUACGAAGAUUGAGCAUAUCCACCCAUCUUGUGUUUCACAAGCUGUGUAAUGAAUCCCAGCAUGAAGCAGAAACAAGAAGAAAUUAAAGAAAAUGUAAAGAAUAGUCCUGUCCCAAGAAGAACUCUGAAGAUGAUUCAGCCUUCUACAGCUGGAUCUCUUGUUGGAAGAGAAAAUGAGUUGGCCCAGGGCUUAUUGAAAAAGAAACAUUGGAAUGACCAGAUAACAUCUAAGACUUCCAGCUCUGGAAUUGUUAUUGACCCAGAAUAUAGUGAAAAUAAAAAUCUUGGAGGAGUCACCCAAGAAGCAUUUGAUCUUAUGGUUAAAGAAAAUCCAUCCUCUCAAUAUUGGAAAGAAGUGGCAGAAAGGCGGAGGAAGGCUCUCUAUGAAACACUUGCAGAGAAUGAGAAACUUUAUAAAGAAAUUGAAGAAAAGGACAAUGAAAUUGCCCGCCUGAAAAAGGAGAAUAAAGAAUUGGCAGAAGUAGCACAGCAUGUACAAUAUAUGGCAGAGGUAAUAGAGAGACUGAGUGGUGAACAUCUGAAAAGCCUUGAAUCACUGGAUAGUCAGGAAUUUGAUUCUGAAGAAGAAGCCGGUAAGGAUUCUGAAGUGGAAGCUGGUGAGGAUUCUGAAGAGGAAGCCGGUGAGGAUUCUGAAGUGGAAGCCGGUGAGGAUUCUGAAGAGGAAGCCGGUGAGGAUUCUGAAGUGGAAGACUCGGAAAUUGGCACAUGUGCCGAAAGAACUAUAGCUUCCUCUAGGGAUGCAAAACCAUGUGUAUGAAAUUCAUUAAUACUUGCCUUGAGAAAUAUACUGCCAAAGUUUAUGUCCACUAGAGUUCUUUAUAGCAGAGUACAUAAUUAUAUGAUGCAUACUCUGGAAUCAAACUUCCUUGUUUGAAAUCCUGGGACCUUGUUGUAUUAAAAUACAAAUACUGUGUAUUUUUAAUCUGAUGUCUUAUGCAAAUAGCAUUUUCUCAGUUGUCAGACGUGACUUGUGUAUAUGACUUAAUAAACUUCAAUCUUCC